GGCUCCGGGCGACUCCAGUUCCCGGCCCGAUCCGGUCCGAGCCGGUCCGAGCCGGCGGGGCGGCGCGGGGCUGCGCGGCGCGGGGCAGGCCGGGAAAGGCCAAGCCAAAGUCAGGCCAAGCCAAGGCCCAGGCCCAGGCCCAGAACCGGACGGGACCGGCGCGGACCGGAUCGUGCCGCCAUGUCGGGCUUCAGCCCCGAGCUCACCGACUACCUGGACGGGAAGAUUUCCUUCGAAGAGUUCGAGCGGCGCAGGGAGGAGCGCAAAACGCACCGCAGAAAAGCCGUGCAGGAGAGAGGAAAAGCGGCUCCCGAGGGGACCCCCGCCGCCUCCCAGCUGGACGCCCCCUCUUCCUCCUCGUCCUCCGGAAAGGCGCCCGCCAAACCCCGCAGCCCUGAGAGCGCAGAAGGGGAGACUUCCGACGGCGUCAGCAAGUCUGUGCAGCGGGCCUUCGCCUCCAUGAUCGGAGAGAGCGAGGAGAAGGAGGAUGAGGAGGAGGAGGAGGAGGAAGAAGAGGAGGAGGAGGAUGAAGAGGAGGAGGAGGAAGAGGAGGCCGCCCAGCAGCCGACGGCGGGAGACGUCUUCGUCCUGGAGAUGGUCCUAAACCGGGAGACCAAGAAGAUGAUGAAGGAGAAGAGACCGCGAAGCAAGCUCCCGCGGGCGCUGCGCGGCCUCAUGGGCGAGGCCAACAUCCGCUUCGCGCGCGGGGAGCGGGAAGAGGCCGUCGUCAUGUGCAUGGAGAUCAUCCGGCAAGCGCCCCUGGCUCACGAGCCGUUCUCCACGCUGGCCAUGAUCUACGAGGACCAGGGGGACGUGGAGAAGUCGCUGCAGUUCGAGCUGAUCGCCGCCCACCUCAACCCCAGCGACACCGAGGAGUGGGUCCGCCUCGCCGAGAUGUCCCUGGAGCAGGACAACGUCAAGCAGGCCAUCUUCUGCUACACCAAAGCGCUGAAGUACGACGCGGCCAACGUGCGCUACCUGUGGGAGCGGUCCAGUCUGUACGAGCAGUUGGGCGAGCACAAGCUGGCCAUGGAUGGAUACCGGCGAGUCCUGGCCCUCCUGUCCCCGCUGGACGGCGAGCGGUUCAUGCAGCUGGCCAGGGACAUGGCCAAGAGCUACUUCGAAGCCAACGACGUGGCCGCGGCCCUCAACGUCGUGGAGGAGGCGUUCUCCAAGCACCCCGGCCUCGUCUCCGUGGAGGACGUCAACAUCGCGGCCGAGCUCUACACGGCCAACAAGCAGUUCGACAAGGCGCUGGAGGUCAUCACCGAUUUUUCCGGCAUCGUCCUGGAGAAGAGCGCGGCCGGGGAAGGCCCGGCCGAAGACCGCGGAGAGAGGGUGACGUGCACCAUCCCGGAAGGAGUCCCCAUCGACAUCACCGUCAAGCUGAUGGUCUGCCUCGUCCAUCUCAACAUCCUGGAACCGCUCAACCCCCUCCUGUCCAGCCUGGCGGAGCAGAACCCCGAGGACAUGGGUGACCUCUACCUCGACGUGGCGGAGGCCUUCCUGGACGUGGGCGACUACGGCUCGGCCCUGCCGCUCCUCAGCGCGCUCGUCUGCUCCGAGCGCUACAACCUGGCCGUCGUCUGGCUGCGCCACGCCGAGUGCCUGAAGGCGCUGGGGCACAUGGAGCGGGCCGCCCAGAGCUACGCCAAGGUGGUGGGCCUCGCCCCGCUUCACCUGGACGCCCGCAUCGCCCUGUCCACGCUCCAGCAGCAGCUGGGGCAACCCGACAAGGCGCUGGAGGCCCUGGAGCCCAUGUACGACCCCGACACCCUGGCGCAGGACGCCAACGCCGCCCAGCAGGAGCUGAAGUUACUGCUGCACCGCUCCACCCUACUCUACUCCCAAGGCAAGAUGAGCGGCUACGUGGACACCCUGCUGACCAUGCUCGCCAUGCUUUUAAAGGUGGCGAUGAACAGGGCCCAGGUGUGCCUCAUCUCCAGCUCCAAGUCGGGGGAGAGACACCUCUACCUCAUCAAGGUGUCGCGGGACAAGAUCUCGGGCAACGACGACCAGGAGACGGCCAACUGCGACGCCAAAGCCAUCCUGGCGGGGCUGAGCGGCGUCCUGACCAAGGAAGACUGGUGGAGCGUGGUGCUGAAGGCGGUGGACGCCCUGUGCGCGCUGGCCCGCUACCAGGAGGCCGAGCUGCUGGUGGACGCCUCGCUGGAGUACUACUCCUUCUACGACGACCGCCAGAAGCGCAGGGAGCUGGAGCACCUGGGCCUGUCCGCCGCCAUCCUGGACGACAACUUCCGCAAGGCCUACAACUACAUCAGGAUAAUGGUGAUGGAGAACGUGAACCGGCCGCAGCUGUGGAACAUCUUCAACCAGGUGACCAUGCACUCGCAGGACGUCCGUCACCAUCGCUUCUGCCUCCGCCUGAUGCUCAAACACCCCGACAACCAUGCCCUCUGCGUCCUCAACGGCCACAACGCCUUCGUGUCCGGAAGCUUCAAGCACGCGCUCGGCCAGUACGUGCAGGCCUUCCGCGCCCACCCCGGCGACCCGCUCUACAGCCUGUGCAUCGGCCUGACCUUCGUUCACAUGGCGUCCCAGAAGUACGUCCUGAAGAGGCACGCGCUCAUCGUGCAGGGCUUCUCCUUCCUCCACCGCUACCUGAGCCUGCGCGGGCCCUGCCAGGAGGCCUUCUACAACCUGGGCCGCGCCCUGCACCAGCUGGGCCUGCAGCACGCCGCCGUCCAUUACUACCGCAAGGCCCUCGACCUGCCGCCCCUCGUCGCUCAGGGCAUGGAUCCCGACCAGCUGGACCUGCGUCGAGACGCGGCCUACAACCUGGCCCUCAUCUACCACAGCAGCGGGAACGUGGGCAUGGCCCGCCGGCUCCUCUGCACCUGGGGCUCCGUGUGAUGGCCGCUGAUGGCCGUCUAUUAGACUGUGAGCCCACUGUUGGGUCGGGACCGACUCUAGAUGGUUCCAAGUUGGACUUCCCAAGCGCUUAGUCCAGUGCUGUGCCCACGGUAAGCGCCCAAUAAAGACGAUUAAAUGAAUGACGGCCCACCUCGCAACGUCCGGGAUCCUCCCAAGGCGGGCCGCCGUUGACCAUGUAUUAGACCGUGAGCCCACUGUUGGGUCGGGACCGACUCUAGAUGUUGCCAAGUUGGACUUCCCAAGCGCUUAGCACAGUGCUCUGCCCACAGUAAGCGCCCAAUAAAGAUGAUUGAAUGAAUGAUGGUGGUUCCCGGCGGCCCUCUCCCGCCCCGCCGAUCGUGCAACGUCCGGGAUCCUCCCAAGGCAGGCAGCUGUUGACCACGUAUUAGACUGUGAGCCCACUGUUGGGUCGGGACCGACUCUAGAUGUUUCCAAGUUGGACUUCCCAAGCGCUUAGUCCAGUGCUGUGCCCACGGUAAGCGCCCAAUAAAGACGAUUAAAUGAAUGACGGCCCACCUCGCAACGUCCGGGAUCCUCCCAAGGCGGGCCGCCGUUGACCAUGAUUAGACUGUGAGCCCACUGUUGGGUCGGGACCGUCUCUAGGUGUUGCCCACUUGUACUUCCCAAGCGCUUAGCACAGUGCUCUGCCCACAGUAAGCGCCCAAUAAAGACGAUUGAAUGAAUGACGGUGGCUCCCGGCGGCCCUCUCCCGCCCCGCCGAUCGUGCAACGUCCAGGAUCCUCCUAUGGCAGGCAGCUGUUGACCAUGUAUUAGACUGUGAGCCCACUGUUGGGUCGGGACCGAGUCUAUAUGUUUCCAAGUUGGACUUCCCAAGCGCUUAGUCCAGUGCUGUGCCCACAGUAAGCGCCCAAUAAAGACGAUUGAAUGAAUGACGGUGGCUCCCGGCGGCCCUCUCCUGCCCCGCCGAUCGCGCAACGUCCGGGAUCCUCCCAAGGCGGGCCGCC